GAGGUCGUCGCCUCGUGAGCAACAGGAAAUCAAUUACUUCACUUCACUUCCCCGGUGGUCUCCUCCGGGGUCCGGGCUCUCCCCGUCUUGAGUCCCGUUCCCCAACCCGAUGAGCGAUCAGGCUGCCUGCGUGCUCCAAUAAACGGGCACCGCAGCGCCACACGACAAACCCCGAGCGGCAGCGGCAGCGGGCGCGGGGAGGGGAGGCGAAGACAGAAGAACCCAGACGCCGUCACGCAGACGCCACCACCAUUCACCACCACCGUACCACCCCACGCCUAACGAACUCCUCCCCCCACCCCCGCCCACGCCAUGCGUCCGGGCGGCCUGCCGUCCCAGCAGCAGCCCGGCACGCCGGGCCGCGCGCGCCGCCGCCCGGAUCUCACCCUCCCCAUGCCCCACCGCGAGGUCACCACCUCCCCCUCCCUCGCCGUCCCGCUCCCUCUCCCGCCAGUCCCCGCCUCCGCCGGGUGCCCCCCCGCCGCCGCCGCGCAGCAGCAGCAGCAGCAGCAGCAGCAGCCGCCCCCGCUCGCGGAGCUGGAGCGCGUGCGCCGCGUCGGCAGCGGCGCCGGCGGGACGGUGUGGAUGGUGCGUCACCGUGGGACGGGUCGGCCCUACGCGCUCAAGGUCCUCUACGGGAACCACGACGACGCGGUGCGUCGCCAGAUCGCGCGGGAGAUUGCCAUCCUCCGCACCGCCGAGCACCCGGCCGUGGUGCGGUGCCACGGCAUGUACGAGCGCGGCGGGGAGCUGCAGAUCCUGCUCGAGUACAUGGACGGCGGCUCCCUCGACGGCCGCCGCAUCGCCGCCGAGCCGUUCCUCGCCGACGUCGCGCGCCAGGUGCUGUCCGGGAUCGCCUACCUCCACCGCCGCCACAUCGUGCACCGCGACAUCAAGCCCUCCAACCUCCUCAUCGACUCGGCGCGGCGCGUCAAGAUCGCCGACUUCGGCGUCGGCCGCAUCCUCAACCAGACCAUGGACCCCUGCAACUCCUCCGUCGGCACCAUCGCGUACAUGAGCCCCGAGCGGAUCAACACCGACCUCAACGACGGCAGCUACGACGGAUACGCAGGCGACAUCUGGAGCUUCGGACUCAGCAUUCUCGAGUUCUACCUGGGUAGGUUCCCCUUCGGGGAGAACCUCGGCAGGCAGGGGGACUGGGCCGCGCUCAUGGUCGCCAUCUGCUACUCCGAUCCGCCUGAGCCACCGCUCACCGCCUCGCCAGAGUUCAGGGGAUUCAUUAGCUGCUGCCUGCAGAAGAACCCGGCCAAGCGGCUCACGGCCGCGCAGCUGCUGCAGCACCCCUUCGUCGCCGGCCCGCAGCCGCAGCCACUCGCAACUCCUCCCCCGUCAUGACCACCGUUUCGGAUUGGAUCUCGUCGCAGUUCGGCUUUGGCUGCAGGCAGUGUGGACUCCAAUCCGGCAUUCCCAUGUCUGUCAGGUGUAUCCUUGGAUGGACGGAACACCUAGCUGAUGUGUGAAGGGGAUUUGGCUGGCCAAUUUCGGCUUCUGUCCAUCGUCAUCGUGCUCAUCCAUCCAUGGUUGUUGCUGCUGCUGCUGCAGUUAAGGUCCCCCUUGAUGUUCUUGAAACCAAUUUUGAGUGUUGUGUCCAUCACCAAUUCAUCACCACGAUCGUCCUCAACCAGCUCCUCGCUGCAAUUAAGGUUCUUUCUCCUUCCUGUUGUUUGAUGUUCUUUACUUCCAGCUGUGAUAGCAUAACGAGAGAGAAAAAAAAAGUGUGUACAAAUGAUUUUGUAAAAGAUCAUAUCAUAUCAUAUCAUAUGUCAAGUACAGAGAGGUCCACUUCGUACCAUUUUUCAUUGUUCUAAAAAGGUUUGGUUAGAAACGUCAACUUUUCUUUUUUAUCUCCAAUCUCCUUGUAGCAGAGCUGUCACAUGAACUGGCAAUUCUGCUAGGCUGCUAGCAUCUCUCUCUGAUAUUUUUGGCGCAUAAUUGGUUGACGAUGAUUGAACACAUGAUGAUGAUGAGAUAA